AUGCCUUUCUUAGAACCAGAAGACUGUACACUCGUGUUCGGUCCACGUGCAUACUGCCUCCCACACAUCAUCACUGCUGUUGAUCAUGUUACUGGCACAGUAGAUGAAACACGCAUAAUCGAACCUGCUGGAGUUCCAUCCUUCACUCUCACAAUCCGUCAUAUCCCCUAUUCAACCGAAGCAUUGACACCGGGCACAAGUUAUCUCCGUAUCUUCACGGUCAACAUCGAGAAGUUCUCAUACCAAUUCGUCACUGGGUUAUGGGAGUACACCCUGGAUGAUCACGCCAUACUGCGCUGUUACGCGUAUCGAUGUUCGCCUCGCUACGAACGGGGAACACUCGGACUCCUUCGAAUCCCUUGCGAUCAUGUUAGGCUCGACCCCAAUCAAGUUGCUCCACCUACACUCAAUGCCGUCACCCCAUCAUUAUUGUCAUUAUGGAAGACUGUCCACCCUGCACACCAUCUAUACGGGGAACUGGAGUUCACUUUCCCUUACAUGAACCAGAUCCGUGCUGGUGCAUGGGACCUAAUUCCAUUGUCUACCGCUCUUGAUGCCUGCGCCUCCGACUCAGAGAAGAUGGAGCGGUGGAAGUAUGUGAGGACUAUGUUGAACGAGAUGAGACUGGAGGCAGAAGAUGAAUGGCAAAGGAUAUAA